AUGAAGGGGGUGCAACCUUGCAGCUUUUAUCUCCAAAACGGAUACUGUAAGUUCGGGCGCACAUGCAAAUUUGACCAUCCGAUGGGAACAAUAAGAUACAGUCCAUCAACUUCAUCUCUUGCCGAUAUGCCAGUUGCUCCAUACAUGCUCGGGUCCUCCCUUGCUACUCUGGGUCCUUCAAUUUCAUUGUCAGAGCUGCGGCCUGGCUUAUUUUCAGGGUCUAAAAUGGGACCGCGUAUAACUAGAGUGCCUUCUUCUGGAAACACAUCGAGUAGUUCAGUUGGUUUGAUCUUUUCUCAGACUGGGUCUGUUUCACUUUCUAAUGUCCAGCCAUCAAAUCAGAGUUCUGCCCCUUUGAGUAUUAGCAGGAGCACCAGACAUCGCGGUGGUGAAGAUCGUUCUUCAAGCUAAAGAUCAAAAACCCUGAUCAGAUUUGUUCUCCACUUUCCUGGAGUUCUGGCUUCAUUUUGUUGUCCUAGAUCUCAGGAAGCUUAAUUUAGUUUGUUGUGUGAAGUUUACAUUUCUCCUCAGCAAAGUAUAUUUAUCUAUUUGUAAUAGAUAUUACUACUGAUCAUUUAGGUUCUUAGUCUUUUUUAUGGGAUUUGUAUCGUCUCAAAUAACAAGUGAAAAUGCCUGUAGUACCACUCCUUUUCUGUUAAUAACAAA